CUGGCCUUGGAGGGACGCGGCCAGUGCCGCCUGCUCCAGGCCUCCCAGCAGCGCAUCUUAGCUUUAGUGUCUGGAAUAGGGUUCGAGACCCGUCUUGUCCUCUUCUGCAUGCGUUACUGAACAGGACCAAUUGCCACGAGACUAAAGACUUGUAGCUCUGACUCCAGAACUCUUCCCUGCUCUUCUGAACAGCCAGUGUGUGCAGAAUGCCCCACAAGAUUGGAUUUGUAGUGGUCAGCUCCUCUGGACAUGAAGAUGGCUUCAGUGCCCGGGAACUAAUGAUCCAUGCACCGACUGUCAGUGGGUGGCGGUCACCAAAAUUCUGCCAGUUUCCACAAGAAAUCGUCCUCCAGAUGGUAGAGCGGUGUCGAAUAAGGAAACUGCAGUUACUUGCUCACCAGUACAUGAUCUCCAGUAAAGUCGAGUUCUACAUCAGUGAAAGCUUGCCUGAGUACUUGGUGCCGUACCAAGCAGAGCGGUUCCGCAGACUGGGCUAUGUCUCUCUCUGUGAUAAUGAAAAGACAGGCUGCAAAGCCCGGGAACUCAAGUCUGUGUAUGUCGAUGCUGUGGGGCAGUUCCUUAAGCUGAUCUUUCACCAAAACCAUGCCAACAAGUACAACAUAUAUAACCAGGUGGCUUUGGUGGCAAUAAACAUCAUUGGAGACCCCGCAGAUUUGGGUGACGAGAGCAGUAUUACCUCUAGGGAAAAGCUGAUCGACCACUACCUGGGCCACAGUCCCCACAAUCCUGAGGACCCUGCCCUAGAUGGAACUUUUGCUGGGAGAUCUGACUACAUCUCUCCACUUGAUGAUUUGGCAUUUGACAUGUACCAAGACCCCGAAGUUGCCCAGAUCAUCCGCAGGCUGGAUGAAAGGAAACGGGAAGCUGUCAAGAAGGAGCGCUACGACCAUGCAAAGAAACUGAAGCAAGCGAUCGCUGACUUGCAGAAGGUCGGUGAGCGCCUGGGGCGCUAUGAGGUGGAGAAGCGCUGUGCGGUGGAGAAGGAAGACUAUGACCUGGCCAAGGAGAAGAAGCAGCAGAUGGCUCGCUACCGUGCCCAGGUGUAUGAGCAGCUGGAACUGCACGGCCUUCUGCAGGGCGAGCCAGAGAUGCAGAGGCCGUUCGCCUUGCCCCUCCAGCCCCUCGCGUCUCCCAGCAGUCCCCAGCACUGGAAGGUAGUGUCCUCACUCCCUCGAACAGAAGAGCUGGUAGCUGAAGACACGUUUGCUGGCCCCAUCCUCCAGGAGAAGCCCUUGGCAUCUUCCCCUCAGCAUUCGGCAGCAGAUCAGUCCCCACCUGCUGCAGGCCCCACCCCAAGGAGCCAUAUGGAAGCCCUGCCCUAUGAUGAACGGCCUCUGCCUGUUACUAGAAAGCAGUUGGGGGAAGCAUCCGCAGAGCCAGAAGUGAGAGAGGCAGACAGUGACGUCCGGAGACGGGGUGUCUCAGGGGAACCAGAGCCCUUGACAGAGAAGGCCUUGAGAGAAGCCAGCUCUGCCAUCGACACCUUAGGAGAAGCCUUGGUGGCUGGGGCCUAUUCUAAGAUGUGGUCCUGCCGAGAAGAUGCACUGCUGGCGUUGUACAAGAAGCUGAUGGAGAUGCCUGUUGGAACGCAGAAGGAAGAUUUGAAGAACAUGCUCAGAGCAUCUGUCUUUCUCAUCAGAAGAGCCAUAAAGGACAUUGUGACCUCAGUCUUUCAGGCCUCAUUGAAAUUGCUGAAAAUGAUAAUUACACAGUAUAUUCCCAAGCACAAGCUGAGCAAACUUGACACAACGCACUGUGUGGAGAGAGCUAUCCCCCUUCUACUCGCUAGAACCGGAGACUCCUCUGCCCGCCUCCGUGUCAUGGCCUUGAAUUUCAUCCAGGAAAUGGCCUUGUUUAAGGAGGUGAAGUCUCUCCAGCUCAUUCCGUCUUACCUGGUGCAGCCACUGAAGGCCAAUGCUUCUGUUCACCUGGCAAUGAGCCAGGUGGACCUCCUGUCCCGGCUGCUGAAAGACCUGGGCACUGAGAGCUCAGGCUUCACCGUGGACAACGUGAUGAAGUUUGCAGUGAGCGCCCUGGAGCACAAGGUGUAUGAGGUGCGAGAGACAGCAGUCAGAAUCAUCCUGGACAUGUACAGACAGCACCCAGCCCUCACCCUGGAACACCUUCCUCCAGAUGACAGCACCACACGCAGAAACCUUCUCUACAAAGCCAUUUUUGAGGGGUUUGCUAAGAUAGACGGCAGGCCAACCGAGGCUGAGGUGAGGGUCCAGAAAAGAGUAGCCACAAAAGAAGCAGAAAAGCAAAAGAAAGAAGAAAUGAAGGCUCUGCAGGGCUUGACAGAGCCAGGAGAGACCCAGGCUGUAGUCCAGGAGAAGGAGAAGGAGAACGAGGCUUUGAAAAUCAAGAAUCAAGACCCUCAAGGAAGGAAAGCUGCCCCACCUGACACUCCAGAAAUCCCAGAUAACCACUAUUUGGAUAAUCUAUGUAUCUUUUGUGGGGAGAGGAACGAAUCCUUCACAGAAGAGGGCCUGGACCUCCACUACUGGAAACACUGCCUCAUGCUGACCAGAUGCGACCACUGCAGGCAGGUGGUUGAGAUUUCCAGCCUGACAGAACACCUGCUGACAGAGUGUGACAAAAGGGACGGAUUUGGGAAGUGUCCCCGCUGCAGCGAGGCCAUCCCCAAGGAGGAGCUUCCUGGACACACCAAAACUAAGGAGUGCAACCCUGCCAAAUCGGAGAAGGUGGCAAACCGCUGUCCCCUGUGUCAUGAGAACUUUGCUCCUGGAGAAGAGGCAUGGAAGGUUCAUCUGAUGGGCCCUGCUGGCUGCACAAUGAACCUGCGCAGGACACAUGUUCUCUACAAGGCUAUAGCCCCACAGCAAGGGAAAGGCCCAGCAGCAUCAAAGUCAAGCACCUCAGCACCCAAGGUUGGAAGCAAGAUCCCCACCCCAAAGGGGGGCCUUAGUAAGAGCUCCAGCAGGACGUACACGAGACGGUGACAGAGUUUUCAGUUCUGUCUCUGACGGGCUGUGCAAGGUUCCCCAUUCUAAGCCAUGUGUGUGGGCAUGGUGAUGCAGGGCUCUGUGCCCACUGUCCCUCGGCCUCUUGUGUCCCAGUGUCUACUCUCACAGGAACAGUACAUGAUCUGACCAAAGAGCCCUUAGCAAUGUGGCCACUGUUCUGUGCCACCACAGGCACAGCACCCACCCCCACUGAGGAGACACACCCUCACCUGGAGCUCACUGGUGUCGUGUGCCACCACAGGCACAGCACCCACCCCCACUGAGGAGACACACCCUCACCUAGAGCUCACUGGUGUCGUGUGCACAUCAGGCUGAGCCUGCUGUGCCGUCUCUCAUGGUCCUGUCUGCCAGGGUGUCACACCAUAUACAGCAACAAGCAAUAAAGGAAAUGAAGCAAAAGACAGCCACUCUAAGAGCAGGUCCCUCCCACACACUCUGCCUGAUGGUCCCUGUGUGCCCCUGUCCCUAGGGUCCCGCUAACAACCCUGCCUAGAUGCUUUCCCUCAGUGGGUGCAGAGUCUGCUGCAGAGUCCUAAAUGAGUGGACUCAUGACAUCCUCUGGUCACUCAUGCACACCUGACCACAGCCCACCUGCAAGCCUCAGCUUUCUUUUUGGCAAAAUGAACACUUUCCACAUUUGCCUAGCCCACAAAGACAAUUUGCACGCACCUCGCUGGCCCAGAGCCUCUGAAUCAGUUCUGUCACAUCCUGUGAUGUUCCCGAACCCACAUUCCCAAGUCCUUCAUAGAGCCUACUCACAAGUGCUUCACUGAACAGUGACAGCAUCAGCAGCUCACCCUCCCGGAAAUGCCCAUGUCCUCGUCCCUCCUGUCCUGAAGGAUGGGCCCACUCAGGGCCUAUACUGUUCCUGCUUCCUGAGGUUUUCCUGAUGUCCCUUUGAAAUGUCUAGGAUUGAGAAAAUCAGUAUUGUAAAAUUAGGGCAUAUUUCCUUAAAAUUCCUAACCAUGUGAAACAAAAUCCACAAAAACAUACAUGUGCCUGAGCAGCGAGCACCCUGGGUAUUAACCCUGUGGACUCACCCCGCUCUCAGCAAACAGCUCCUGCUGUGCUUGGCUCAGAGUAUCAAGUGGAACAGGAUCUGUGCAGAGGAGGAUCCUGUCAGAGGCCUUUAGCGUGGUGAGAGAUCGGGGUAUGACUGAGAAAGCAAAGCACAGGUGCCAAGGGAUGAUAAGGUGGUCCUUCAGGUCAGAAAUGCCGGCGUUGUCCUAACCCGCCUUAACAUACAGACAAUAAUGGAAAGUUAACCUCAGACUAACUAGAACACGGGUAGAUACCUGUAAUGUCUUCUAUCUGUUGUAACCAUGAGACACUGUAAAAACCCUUCAUUUUUAACCUGUGUGGUGGCUCACACCUGUACUCCUAGCACUUGGGAGACUGAAGUUAGAAGCUCACCACAAGUUCAAGGGAAGCCUGGGCUACAAAGUGAGACUCUGGCUCAAAAUUAAAACAGGACAAAAAGGAUUCCUUCAUUUUUAGCUCUCAUGUUUUGCCUAUUACAGAAUCAUGAGUUUCUGCAGAGGUGACUGGCAGUAUUGGCAGCCACAAAGCUCCACAUCACUGUGCUUGAUUCAGGGAAGGAGCUGCGUACCCCCAGCCAUUCCUAAUACCUAAGUGGAACACUCCUCAAAUCUUCACGUAUGCUACAUUGUGGAUAUUUAAUAUUUAUUUAUAUUAUUUUCAUAAAAGAUUCUAUCUAAUUUAAAAGAAUUGUGUCAUAUCUGAUACUAGAAUACAAAUGUAAAUACCUUUAAUGAAAAUUUGCAACUUUUUAAUGUUUUAACAUAGUUUUCUAUUUGUCUUUAUUUCAGGUAUAGAAUACUAUAUUUUUAUUGUUGCUGUUUGAGGGUUUAUGUGCUAAUUUGCCUUGAGUAUAGUAAUACAGUAAAGAUCAUUCAGCAUCUCGUCA